AUGUUAUAUGUAAAAGGGAACUUCAAGAAGGUUUACAUGAAAAUGAAAACACUUGAAAACUGGAGGAAGACCGUCCUGUUCGUUUGCGUGGCUGCUUUGGCUAUUGAUCCUCUGUUUUUCUUUAUCCCUGUGAUUGAUCCUCAUAGAUCCUGCCUCACUUUCGACAAGAAGCUUGGAGUAGCCGUUUGUGUCCUUCGUACAUCUAUCGACACAUUCUAUGUGUUUCACAUCAUUUUUUAUCUUAUAAGCGGGCUUAUUGCUCCUCGGUCACAAGUCUCUUUGAGAGGCGAGAUUUUCGUGCAUUCUAAGGCUACAAGAAAAAGACGUUUUCUCUUUUAUUUCAUUGUUGACGUUCUUUCCGUUCUCCCAAUUCCUCAGGUGUGUUCACUUACUUCCUUUAGUAUGACAUCUACUUUUGAUUGUGACAUGUCGCAUAAGAGAAUGAAAAAUCUUGCAGGUGGUUCUUCUCACUCUCAUUUCAAGGAAGCAACAUUACUCUGCCUCCCUGGUGACAAAGCAGAUGCUGAGAUGGUGGCUCUAAGUCUAGUGGUUUCUUUGAAAGAGGAGAAUUCUAGUUUGAGACUACUUGAAAAAGGGGUGUUUGGGGCUUUCUGGUACUUGGGUGCAAUAGAAAAAAAACACAUAUGUUGGCGUGAAGCGUGUGCUAAGACCCCCGGAUGCAAUCUCACGAAUGUAUAUUGUACACGAGAGUCAACGGAUUUUCCAAGGAAGUUUUUCUAUUGCUUUUGGUGGGGUCUUCGAAAUCUUAGUGCUUUAGGCCAAAACCUGGAGACAAGCAACUCCGUUGGGGAGAUCUUUUUUGCAAUCAUCAUAUGCGUCUCUGGUUUACUCUUGUUUGCUGUGCUCAUUGGAAACGUUCAGAAGUACUUGCAAUCAACUACAAUUAGAGUAGAUGAAAUGGAGGAGACAAAGAGGGAUACAGAGAAAUGGAUGUCGAAUCGGAAGCUACCAGAAGAUCUGAAGAAACGCAUUAGGAGAUACAAAAUUAAAAAAUGGCGAGAAACCAGAGGCACCGAAGAGGAUGCUCAUCUUCGUAGCCUUCCAAAAAGCCUCAUAAUUGAAACCAAGCGCCAUCUUUACCUGGAUUUCCUGAAAAGGGUGCCAGAGUUCCAAGCCUUUGAUGAUCAGCUACUAGACGAAUUGUGUGCUCGUCUCAAAACAGUUAUUUACACAGAGAACAGUUACAUUGUGCGCGAAGGUGAUUCACUCGAGGAAAUGUUUUUUGUAGUGAGAGGGAAUCUAAUGAGCUUUACGACUUACGGUGAAAGAAAUAGAUUUUUACUACGUACUGGUGAUUACUGUGGAGAUCUUCUCACUUGGGCGUUAGAUCCUCAUGCUUCACACUUCCCUGUCUCUAGUAGAACCAUUCAAGCUCUCACAGAAGUCGAAGUCUCUGUUCUCUCAGUUGAUGAUCUCAAGUUUGUCUCUACUCUGUAUAGCCGCCUCCACAGCAAAGAAGUCCAACACAUAUUCAGGUAUCAUUCGGUGCAAUGGCGAACAUGGGCUGCAUGUAUUAUACAAGUAGCAUGGGAGAGACAUUGUAGAAGGAAGCUCUCAAAAGCUUUACGUGAAGAAGAAGGCAGACUACAAAAUAGUCUUCAAAACGAUGAUUCAGGAGGCAAUAAACUUAACUUAAGUGCUGCGAUUUACGCAUUGAGGUUUGCUUCUCAUGCUCUGAAGAAUCUAAGGGCAAAUGCAGCAGAAAGAAACUCUAGGUUUCCUCAUAUGUUAUCUUUGUUGCCUCAGAAACCAGCUGAUCCUGAGUUUCCUAUCCUAUGGAUGAAACCUAAUUGUGUUUACUAA